UGCCAAAUCUACUUGUGUACUUUCGUAAAACCCGUAUGAAGUGGGCACUUUGCCACCGAUCUGCUCCAGCAAUGAAAAGUUUAACAUCAAUCGACGAGAACCAUCAGAUUUCUUAGCUACUCGAAUUCUACGUCAUAUUUUCCUGGUGAACUGUAUAAAAUCGCAUGGCCUUCUGGGAAACCACAUAAUCACCCCUGACGUCACGUGCUAGAACAACGCCUAUUUUCCCGAAGCCCGAGGUCGAGCCUCUCGAUAUGGUAAUCGUCGGUUUCCGGUUCGCCGAAGCGGUGAGUAAGUGAUUCUUGGCAGCCCAAUAGGAGCCGGAGGCUGUAGCGAAACAAGCGCGCAGAACUGGAGAACUGGGUUUGUUGUGGCCGCACUGACGGAAGCACCACAGACGAAAUCCAACAUGCUCCCAUUUGAGACUUCAAGCAUUUACGACCAACUCCCUCGGUUUGUUUUUAAAAUGCCGCGAGUUGUGGCGGAUCAGAAGGCGAAAUUUGAAUCAGACGAACUGUUCCGGAGACUCAGUCGUGAAAGCGAGGUGAGGUACACAGGUUAUAGAGAUAGACCCCAGGAAGACAGACAGAUACGCUUUCAGAAUGGAUGUAGGGAAGGCCAAACGGAAAUAGCCUUCACGACAACAGGAACCAAUCUUCAACUUGUCUUUAGCCCCUGUACCAACGGUUAUAGCGAAGGCUGUGAUUUUGAGAAAGAACAUGGAAAGGUGCACAUAAAGUCAAGUUUUAUUAUGAAUGGAGUGUGUGUCAGAUGGAGAGGGUGGAUCGAUGUGGAAAGACUUGAUGGAGUAGGAUGUUUAGAAUACGACGAGGAACGAGCUCAGGUGGAAGAUGCUGUGCUCAGAGAACAAAUUGACAGAUACAAUCAACGACUACGAGACUUUGAAGAGAAACAGAGAGCUUAUCGUGCUCAGCAAGAGCGUCACGCGGAGGCGGAGGUUGAGGCGAGAAAGAAAGUGUCGGGACUGAGUCCUGAUCGUACAAGUUCUGCAAGCAACUGAGUAUUUUAACCUCUUUCACUCAAACUCCCGGUGGCCCGCUACGUGUCGCUCUGUGGUAGGAGAAUUUCCGAUAAAAAUAAUGAUUACCCAACGUGCUUUCGUUCUUCUUAGUUAAAAUAUCGGGAUUCUGCAAACCAUGGAUGAGAAACUUGGGAAUAGAAAAUUACUGAAAUAAGCACAUGAAUUUAUCUUAUAUAAAUAUGUACAGAUAUAUAUACAUUUGAUUUUGUCAUAUGAAGUAUUAGUGAGUAUCACAACCAACACUUACUCAUCUAUACGAUUAAGAUGUAAAAAAUAAUUAUUUUACAUUUUAAGAUAGAUAUCGGUGCAACAAUGAAUUAUAAAGGUGGUCGUACUUCCACAUUCCAGAUAGGAAAAAAACGUGGAUUGCAAGUGUGUGGAUUUGCUUAUUAAAAACUUAACAAAAAACAGCAGUUAAGCCUUAUCGCAAUACCAUCUUGUGAACAGUUCUGUUUGCAAAAUUAAUAUAUGAAGAUUAAGAUAUCAAAACCAUUUAUAUGAUUAGAUCAUAACGUUAGUAAAAUACUUAACUGAUUAUUUGAUACAUCAUUAUAUUUGAAUUACUAUGAAUACUAGUAAAAUAAAUAAUAAAGUAAGCGCCAUCUGGUGGGUACCAGUGAAUUACAUAUGAAUACUUUUUGAAAAUAAUAUAAACGAAAGCAGCUGUUUGUCGUAGUCCUUGCCUGGUGUGAUGUGUUAUUACAGAUUAUUUAUAUAUUUACCUUGUAUUUAUAGUGUAAUAAUAUUUCAUUAUUUGUUUGCUUAACGAUAUAUAAGUAAUUGUUCAAAAUAGUUCCUGCUAACCAAAGUUUUCUUGUAGAAAAAUAUAGGCUUAAUAAGGGGAAAUGGAAGAAAAGUGGAACAAUAAAAGUUUAUCGUAAAACACAAUCAAUUAAAAACAAAAUAUAAGUUCUCAUAAAGAGUAUUGUAAAAAAGACUUUUGUCUUGAAAUUACUGAUUUACCUGUGUCGUUUCACUUGAUAUUUCUAUUAUGUACCGAACUGAAGCUCAAGGGAAAGGCUCUUCAUAAAGAAACAAAUCUUAAAAUUCUCUUAACGCUUUUCCUGACUUCAGAAAAAACGCUGUACAGUUUUGAAUUACAGUUAAAAAGUAGCUUUUAAUCAAAUAUACUUUAAAGCAAACUGACCUUUAAGCGUAGAUAGAACAAGUGCAGUCAGGUAUAUAACCCACGUUGUAAAUAUGUACUACGACGUAGAUAUUCUCUUUGUGCAUUUGAAAUAUAUUUUAUCCGUAUAAUAUAUGAUAUACCCGUAGGCUUCAUUUCAGUGAUCUUUUUACCUGUUCUUUUGUAUUUUUAAUAUUGCUUUUGCAUAUAUAAAUAUACAAGAUAAAACUAUGAGAUUUGGUCGUUUUGCUUAGCGUAUAUGUUAAAUGUUUAUAAAAUCCUGUAACUGUCAAGCUAGCGAAUUGUCAUAUAUUUUUAAUUAAUAAUAACCUAAAAUUAUGAAAAGGAUACAACAUUGAAAAUGAACAUUACAUUCCAAUUUCUAUGUGGAAGAAUUAUUUAGAUAUAUGCAAAGUUAGGCAAAGAAAACAAACUAACAAGAACUCUUGAGAUCAAGUAUUGAGGUAAUGUUUAAUUAUUGCUCCCAUAAAUAGCUUUGUUUGACCUGAGAAUUAGCACGCAGAAAAAUUCAGUUUUAUGUCUAUUAUGUAUAAUUCCAAAUAUACUGAUUUAAUGGACAAUGAUUAUUACAUUUUACUUAAGUAUCUAUAAGAAGGACAUUGUUUGAUUCUUUCUGUUUUGAGAUAGAUUGUUCAAAAAUGUUUUACAAUUAGAGUAACAAAAAUUUUGAAUCAGAAAGUUCAUUGUCGCCUUUUGUUGAAAAUGUGUUUCAGAUUAUAAAUGAAUCAGAAACUGAUGAACAGAUUUGACGAUGGCAAAUAUAUUACCAACCACAAAGUAAUUGAUAGUUAAAGGAUUCGUUUGGAUAUUAGUAUCAGCUAGAUAAAAAAUAAUAAGCAAUGGAAAAGUUUUUUAAUGCAAAUCGCUCCAUAAUUAAGAACAUUUUAGAAAGACAUUCUAAAAUCAUAAAAAUGCUCUAAAAAAAGUAGCAAAUGAAUUACACAAAUUUAUGUAUACAAUAAUAAAGAUACUAUUUUAUUUUAUUUGACAUUUGUUGGAAAACAAACCUGUUUGGCUAUGUAUUCAUAAGGCGGCAGUGGCCGAUGAAAGGAGAGGGUCAUUUUUAGUGCUAAGAUUUAUGUUGAAUUCCAGCAAUAACUGCAGUUACCAGAUUCAUUGUUUUGUAAUUUUGUAUGUAUUUCGAUGUCUUCACUAGUCCUGCCGAGAAGACAAAGUGCAAGAGCUACAUUGUAAAAAUGGAAUGUAAUCUAAAUGAGACUUUCCAGAUUUAUGUGAAUAAAGAUUUGAUGUUAUGAUUACACAUCCA